GUGGCCCGAUAGUCACACGAAAAGAAGGAAAGUAGGUCAGAGACUGAUUCCGUUUAUGUCACAGUUCCUCACCCACCAGCCGCCCAGCCAGCACCAAAUAAGUGUGAUGCCGUUUUAUCUCUCCGCAGGUUCAUGCAGGAUAUGUGUUGAAAACAUCUGUCUGAAUGAAUUUGUGUGAUGAUCUAAUGGCAGACCAAAGGAUGGACAUCUCCUCCACAAUGAAUGAGUUCAUGUCCCCCAGCUCCACAGACCUCAUCAGCAGUUCUGUGGGCACGCCGGGCUUGGACUACACCCGCAAGAGGAAGGGCAGUGCUACAGAGUACCAGAUUGAUGGAUUUUCAUUUGAUGAUAGUAUGGACACAGACAAGGAUAAACAACUUGGAAGAGAUGAUCAGCAAGGCCGGAUAAAAAAUGCAAGGGAAGCCCACAGUCAGAUUGAGAAGAGGCGCAGAGACAAGAUGAACAGUUUUAUAGAUGAAUUGGCUUCAUUAGUCCCAACAUGCAACGCCAUGUCUCGCAAGCUUGACAAGCUGACGGUGCUACGCAUGGCUGUGCAGCAUAUGAAGACGUUACGAGGUGCUACCAACCCAUACACAGAAGCAAACUAUAAACCAGCAUUCUUAUCAGAUGAUGAACUGAAGCAUUUAAUAUUGAGGGCCGCUGAUGGCUUCCUUUUCGUUGUUGGAUGUGAUCGGGGCAAGAUUCUCUUCGUCUCUGAGUCCGUUUAUAAAAUCCUAAAUUACACCCAGAAUGACCUCAUUGGUCAAAGUCUGUUUGACUAUCUGCAUCCGAAGGACAUCGCCAAAGUGAAAGAGCAGCUGUCGUCAUCAGAUACAGCGCCACGGGAACGACUCAUCGAUGCCAAAACUGGUCUGCCAGUGAAGACUGAUAUCACUCCUGGACCUUCCAGACUCUGCUCAGGAGCUCGUCGCUCGUUCUUCUGCCGAAUGAAGUGUAACCGGCCUUCUGUCAAAAUGGAGGACAAAGACUUCCCCUCCACCUGCUCCAAAAAGAAAGCGGACCGCAAGAGCUUCUGCACCAUCCACAGCACAGGUUACCUGAAAAGCUGGCCGCCAACCAAGAUGGGCCUGGAUGAAGAUAAUGAGCCUGACAAUGAAGGCUGCAAUCUGAGCUGUCUGGUGGCCAUCGGCCGCCUGCACCCCCACAUUGUCCCCCAGCCCAUGAACGGAGACAUCCGCGUCAAACCCACCGAGUACGUCUCUCGCCACGCCAUCGACGGCAAGUUCGUCUUUGUAGACCAAAGGGCGACAGCCAUUCUAGCGUAUUUACCGCAAGAGCUCCUGGGAACGUCGUUCUAUGAGUAUUUCCAUCAGGAGGACAUUGGCCAUCUCGCUGAUUGCCACAGACAAGUUCUACAGACGAGAGAAAAGAUCAACACGAACUGUUACAAGUUUAAGAUUAAAGAUGGUUCCUUCAUCACUCUGCGAAGCCGCUGGUUCAGUUUCAUGAACCCCUGGACCAAAGAAGUGGAAUACAUAGUCUCUACCAACACAGUGGUCUCAGGCAGCGUGCUGGAUGGAGCUGAUCCCAGUUAUCAGUCCGCCUCGUCCCCUCAGAGCAUGGACAGCGUCCUCACAUCAGGAGAUGGAGGAGGGAGGCGGCCUCUUCAAACUGUCCCAGGCAUCCCGGGAGGAACGCGAGCCGGAGCAGGGAAGAUUGGCCGGAUGAUCGCUGAGGAGAUGAUGGAGAGGAUUCGAGGCUCCUCCCCUUCCAGCUGUAGUUCCAGUCCCCUCAACAUCACCAGCACUCCCCCUCCUGACACCUGCUCUCCAGGGGGCAAGAAAAUUCAAAACGGAGGCACCCCAGACCUUCCUUCCACUGGAAUCGUGCCUGGCCCAGACUCAAUAGGAUACCCGUACUCCAACAACUCCAUAAUGAGCGAUAACUCCCAUUUGAGCAUCGACAUCAUGGACGAUCCCGGCUCCAGCAGUCCCAGCAACGACGAGGCGGCCAUGGCCGUCAUUAUGAGCCUCCUAGAGGCAGACGCUGGCCUGGGGGGACCUGUGGACUUCAGUGACCUGCCUUGGCCCUUGUGAGAGUGGCACAGCAGUGGACUGACCCUGAUCCAGCUAUACCUGGAUCUAAAUUCUGGCUCAAACUCGAACCCCUAAAACCUCUCUGCGUGUGGCCAUUUGAACAGGAAUUAUGCUUCAGCUCCUGUGCAGUGGAGUGCAGAGAAACAGCACCACUGCUGUCUAAAUAUAGGACCUCCCACUCGAAACACAGACACCAAGCUAUCCUCUUCUUAUGGAGUUUUAUCCAUCAUUCGCAUCUCUCUGUAUAUACUGUACUGUAUCAUCACUAUGAUACCCAUCCUCAUACAAAAAGAUUAUAUAUAAACACCUUUUUUGUGGUUUUAUGUUUUUACACUACAAAUGACAUAAAUGUUAAAUAUUCUAUAUGCAGAUUGUAACAAAUACUGUCAUUCUAUCAUGUAAGAAUACUUUAUGCAAAAAUAUAUAUGGUAAAAGUGUAUUGUAACAGCAGUGGAUAUUUUUAAAAUAAAAAAGUUUCUCCUGUC